GGCGGGGCCGAGCGGCCCGGCCGGAUGUGAGCGGAGCGGCCGCUUCCUGCUGCCCGCAGUCCUCCCUCUCCCGCCUCGGGUGGUGCCGCUGCCGCGUCCCGCUGCCGGCGCAGGGCGGAGGCGGCCGCGACCCGCUGCCGAGACCGCCGCCGGCUCGCUCCUUGCGCGGCCCGCCGCCCCCCCCCGCCUCCCGCCCCGCUUGGCAGCAGGAGCCGCCGCGGCGCCGCCCCGAUGCAGGCCAUCAAGUGUGUGGUGGUGGGCGACGGUGCUGUAGGUAAAACAUGCCUACUCAUCAGUUACACGACCAAUGCAUUUCCUGGAGAAUAUAUACCCACUGUUUUUGACAACUACUCUGCUAAUGUAAUGGUUGAUGGAAAACCGGUCAAUCUGGGUUUGUGGGAUACAGCUGGUCAAGAGGACUAUGACAGACUACGUCCGCUCUCCUACCCACAAACAGAUGUCUUCUUAAUCUGCUUUUCCCUUGUGAGCCCUGCUUCCUUUGAAAAUGUCCGUGCUAAGUGGUAUCCGGAGGUGCGGCACCAUUGCCCCAACACCCCCAUCAUUUUAGUGGGUACCAAACUUGAUCUCCGGGAUGACAAGGACACUAUUGAGAAGCUGAAGGAGAAGAAGCUGACUCCCAUCACCUACCCACAGGGCCUUGCCAUGGCAAAGGAGAUUGGUGCAGUGAAAUACCUCGAAUGCUCAGCACUUACGCAGCGGGGCCUCAAGACAGUGUUUGACGAAGCGAUCCGAGCAGUUCUGUGCCCCCCUCCUGUAAAGAAGAGGAAGAGAAAAUGUCUGCUGCUGUAAACGUCUCCCUCCCCACCCCCUCCAGCCCGUGCUUUGCUCGGAACAAUGGAGCAUUCACACUCGAUGCCAAGUUUUUCUGUUAUAAAUUAGGUCUCUUCCAUAAAUUCUUGAACCGAUCAAUGAUUUCAUGGUUUCAUUUGUUUAAAGUAUGAAAGUUACUUUGCAUUCUUCUAAAAGCAAACUCCUGAAAAGACAAACCUAUGUAAAGCCUUAUUUUUAAAAUCCUAUUCUUGCUCAAUUAAGUGUUGCCAAACUAUCUGCUGAACUAAGUUGCGUUGUUGUGCUACGAACACUAAGCACUAAACUGUUUUUUAAAAGAUUCUUCUGAAGAUGACUCUAAUUUCUGGUAGGAAAUGCAAAAACACUUUCUAGUUUUUCACAGUAAGUAACAGUACCGAAUAAUUAGCAAAACACUGCACUCUAAUGUGUUUUAUUAUUAAACGUUUUCUCAACCGCAGUCAUUGCAUAGUGUUGUAUAUCGAACCUAAAUCUUUGACAAUGGCUGACACCCCCGAGUCACAGUGUAAAAUGCUUUAUCGUUGGUAAGGGCUUGGUUGCAAUCUAGUUCUUGCUGCUGUGAUUUCAAAAAUAAAGAAAUAACUAUUCUGACUGGAGCGUAUCUAGUCCUUUUGACAGCAUUGUAUUUGAUGGACAGAGGGUAGUGCCAGACAGUAUUUGGACACUGUACAGAUGACCCACGCUACACUGCCAGGGUAGCUGAGGCUGAAUCGACUCAGUGCAGGGUGAAACCAGGGACCAUUUUCCCAGAGGUGCAGUAGUGGAGGAAGUUGCUGUUCACGGGUGAAUUCCUUUGAUUUCAAGUAGGGCAUUCAUUUAGGUACAAUUCUGAACCAGUCAUUCCCACAGCUGAUGUGUAGUAAAUGCUUUUCUUGUAGAAUCUCUUCUUACUGAGCAAUAUAACUUGUAUUUUAAAACCUUUCUGAUGAUAGAAAUUUGCUUUUUUUUUUCUCUUUUUCUGUAGAGUAGAAUGUUCAAGCGUAUCCUCCUUAUUUUCCUGUUACUGCUGACCCAGUAAGUUAUGCUUUCUGAGGGGCUUUUAGGCUAUUAACUAGGUGUAAAAAUCAUGUGAAGCAGCUUUACACAUUUUAGCCGUUUUUGUAUUUUAAACCUCUCUAAACUAUGAAUCUUCUCCAAUCUCGCGGUUUGCCAGAUCUCCCCCCCAGUGUAACAUCACUAAUGCAGACGAGCGUUCUUUGUCACUACGUGUCCAUGUGCAGCAUAGGUUGAGUAAUGGUAACUUGGGUCUGUGAGGUUCUGUAAUUAGUGCUAAUGUUCUGUACGUCCUGAACUGGCAGGAAUACAAUGUUGAACUACACCCUUUCAACCACUAAAGCAAAAUUUAAAAAUAAAAGUUGCAAAAUUGUGAAGUUUUUACAUUGAUCUUUUGCUAAUGCAAUUAGCAGUAUGUUUUGCAUGUAUGACUUAAUAAAUCCUUGAAUCACA